AGGUCACAUGACUUGAGAUGGCGGCUGAGAUUCACUCCCGGUCUCCCCGCGGCCCUGUGCUCCUCACCAAGAUUCCCGGGCACCGGGAGCACGUGACCUCUGCCUGCUUCAUCCCGCGAGAGGAUGGCGUCAUCACCGCCAGCGAAGACCGGACACUGAGAGUAUGGCUGAAGAGAGACAGCGGGCAGUACUGGCCGAGCAUCUAUCACACCAUGUCAUCGCCUUGCUCCGCUCUGAGAUACCACCAUGAGAGCAGAAAGAUUUUUGUGGGGCAAGAUAGUGGCGCUAUUGUGGAGUUUUUGGUCUCUGACGACUUUAACAAAAUGAACUUCGUGAAGACUUAUCCAGCUCAUCAAAAUCGCGUUGCAGAGAUUGUCUUCUCCCCCGAUCCUGAAUGGGUCAUCAGCAUCGGGCAUGAUAAGUUUCUCAUCUGGAUGUGCACCCAGAGCGGGUCCCUGGUGGGGCGGCAUGCGUUCACUUCCUGGGCGUCCUGCCUCCAGUAUGAUGAAGAAACAAGAUACGCUUUUGUAGGAGAUUUUGCCGGCCAGAUUACCCUCUUGAAGUUGGAAAAAGAAAACUGCACUGUCAUCUCGACCCUGAAAGGUCAUGAAGGCAGCAUCUCCUGCCUUUAUUGGGACCCUGUUCAGCGGUAUCUGUUUUCGGGUUCAUCUGAUCACAGCAUUAUCUUGUGGGACAUUGGAGGGAGGCAAGGACGAACACUGAUCCUUCAAGGACACCAUGAUAAGGUACAAGGUCUGUGCUAUCUUCAGCUCUCCCGGCAGCUGGUCUCAUGUUCAGUCGAUGGAGGAAUAUGUGUUUGGAAUAUGGAUAUUGAAAGAGAAGAGGCUCCUCAGUGGUUAGAAAGUGACUCCUGCCAGAAGUGUGCCCAGCCCUUUUUUUGGAACAUAAGGCAGAUGUGGGACACACGGACUCUGGGGUUACGCCAGCAUCACUGCAGGAAAUGUGGUCAGGCAGUCUGUGCGAAGUGCAGCUCCAAGAGAUCCAGCUACCCCAUUAUGGGCUUUGAGUUCCAGGUGCGGGUCUGUGACUCCUGCUAUGAGAGCAUAAAAGACGAGGAUCGAACAUCGCUGGCCACAUUCCAUGAGGGUAAACACAACAUCUGCUUUAUGACUAUGGAUAUUUCCAGGGGGCUUAUGGUUACGUGUGGCACAGAUCGGUUAGUCAAGAUCUGGGACAUGACACCGACCGUGGGUUGCAGUUUGGCGACUGGCUUUUCUCCCCGUUGAUACAGAUGACUUUGACUUGUCCAGAAUGCACCUUAUGUACAGCUGCGUACGUGCACAUCAGCUCAUCCUGGGCAUCGCCCAUUACUUCUCUGAUUCAGUUGUAUGUAUGGAAGCAAAGCAAUGCAACAGCUCUCCUGAACAAGGAAGAGGUGCCUUAUCUCCACAUACCUGCGCACCAUUACCUUUAACCAUGCUUCAGCCCACGCUACUGGAAUUAUAACAAGCGGUUUCCUGCGUAAGCACUAGAAAACGGAAGAAUUCCAGCAGAAGGAUCCACCAGCCUUUAAUUGCUGCCUAUAGAAUGGUAUUCAUUGUGCACCAAAAUGGAUUACCUCAAAACUUUAGAGUUUUACAUAUCUGCUGCCACAAAUCUUAGCGUAAGCCUCACCCGAAUGUUUUUAAGCAUACAUAGUCCAGUAACUUUGCACACUGUGGGUGUACAUACAGAUUUUCGUCUGGUGGUUAGAUGCCAGUGCUUGUGAUGUUGACUGUAGCUCAUCGUAUGUAGUUUUAUAUUGUGUCACUGGGUAAGAAAUGUAGAUGAAGUAUAUUUGUAAUAUGCUCCGUUUUACAUAACUGUGAAAUUGUUCUUUCGUUAUGGGACUGAUUUCUUAGUGAGUUUUCGACGUUUGGUUCGAAUGUAUUGUUCCUAUAUGAGCAAAGGGUAAGGUUAUCAAACUACAUGCACUGCGUCCUUUACUUGGUGUCCUUUGGCGCUUGGCAGGAUGAUCCCUUUUUAUGUCAUUUUAAUCCUGUCUGUUUUACCUAGUUACGUCAACGCUCAAAACCUCUUGAAUCCCCCUAUUUUUCAGUCCCUCUAAUGGGACGCAAAUGUUUAAAAUGAUAAUAGUUAGCACUUAUUAUUGUCUUGUCAUCCACUGCUCCACCUAUUUCCCAGAUUGUAAUCCAAAGGAUGACCCAGGAGACAUUAAUUUAUCUCCAAUUCAUUGCUACUUCAGCUAAAACAAGUAAGGUAGAAACUUUUUAUGUUCUUAAAGGGGUAUUCCGUUUAUUUUGUUGUGGUUUAUUUAAUCGGAAAUUAUGCAUUUUUCUAGCCUACAUGUAUUCAAAUUCUGCUUCCAUACAUGUCUUAGAUCAGGCAGUUGACUCCUGUAUGCAGUAGAAUGGUAUAGCCCAUGUAUCGGUCCUAUGUAAUGCAUCCAUGGCCUAACCAAAACCUGGCAUCAGUCUCUUCACAUCAGGAAAUCCAUGACAUUCAGUAACUAGCAGUAUUACAUGACGUACAUGUUCUGGGUCAGCACACAUUCAUGUGAUAAGUAAAUAGGACUUGAGGUGGAAUAACUAUUUUUGUAUUGUAAUUAUUACAGUUGCUACAUCACUAUGUAUUCACAUGGCUGUUUCUAGGUGACUUGUAAAAUGGCUGCCUGUCUCUAGGUGAUGCUGUCAUGUUUAUAAAGUUUAGUGUAAAAAAACACAACGCAGAUCUGCUUCUAUAGAGAUACUGACAGACAUGAUGCAAAGCUGCUGCAGGCAGUAAUACUGUAUAUACUGUACAUGUUCUGUACACUACUUCAGUACACUACUAUUCACCUAUUAGAUGCUUGGGCCAUUAACUGAAAGCGAGGUCACAUGACACAUGUGAGGGUCAUAGGACUGAUGCCAUGUUUAGUCCUAUCCAGCUCUCCUGUGGAUGCAUUUUAUAGGACUAAAAUGGGCUGUACAUUAU